AGGCGCUUACUCGAGAGCUAGCCGAGUGAAUGGGUGGUGACUGUGGAGUUGGCGUCCUCAAUGUGGACGACCUGAGCUCCCAUUAGGAGCCGCUGGCUGCGGCAGCAGGGGACCAGCGUGAGAGGUAGGGGCAAGGGGCCUGGUGGGAGGUGGGUGUGGAGAGCGGCAGUGGAGAGAGUCGAACAGGCCCUAAAGAAAGCUAGGGGCCGGGGUCUCGGCCGAGGCCUUUAGCUGAAACAUCUCCUUCCCCGGAACCCUGGGGUCUUAUACACUGGGUUCCGAGCCGGUCUUAUCUUCCGUGGGACCGCCUCGCCGCCCUCAGGGAUUCUGGACAAACAUGGAAGGCUGGGUCGGUUGCCGGGUCCUCAAAAUGAUAACCGCCACUGGAUCUGCGCUGUGCGUUGGCUAAAAAAAAGAAAAGAACAUGGAGGCAGAUAUAAUCACAAAUCUUCGAUGCAGGCUCAAAGAGGCUGAAGAAGAGCGACUAAAAGCUGCACAGUAUGGUUUACAACUAGUAGAGAGUCAAAAUGAAUUACAGAAUCAAUUGGAUAAAUGUCGUAAUGAAAUGAUGACCAUGACUGAGAGUUAUGAACAAGAAAAAUAUACCCUUCAAAGAGAAGUUGAACUCAAGAGUCGAAUGUUAGAAAGUUUGAGCUGCGAAUGUGAAGCUAUUAAACAACAACAAAAAAUGCACCUGGAGAAAUUGGAAGAACAGCUAAGCAGAAGCCAUGGACAGGAAGUGAAUGAACUAAAAACUAAGAUAGAAAAACUGAAAGUGGAAUUAGAUGAAGCCAGGCUUAGUGAAAAGCAGCUGAAGCACCAAGUAGACCAUCAGAAGGAACUCCUCUCUUGUAAAUCAGAGGAACUGCGCGUAAUGUCUGAACGUGUGCAGGAAAGCAUGUCUUCAGAGAUGCUGGCUCUUCAAAUUGAGCUGACAGAAAUGGAGAGUAUGAAGACCACCCUCAAAGAAGAAGUGAAUGAACUACAAUACAGACAAGAACAGCUAGAACUUCUUAUUACUAACCUAAUGCGCCAGGUAGACCGGCUUAAAGAGGAAAAAGAGGAGCGAGAGAAAGAAGCAGUUUCUUACUAUAAUGCCCUAGAGAAAGCUCGUGUAGCAAAUCAAGAUCUUCAGGUACAGUUGGACCAGGCACUCCAGCAAGCCUUGGAUCCCAAUAGUAAAGGCAACUCUUUGUUUGCAGAGGUGGAAGAUCGAAGGGCAGCAAUGGAACGUCAGCUUAUCAGUAUGAAAGUCAAGUAUCAGUCACUAAAGAAGCAAAAUGUAUUUAACAGAGAACAGAUGCAGAGAAUGAAGUUACAAAUUGCCACGUUGCUACAGAUGAAAGGGUCUCAAACUGAAUUUGAGCAGCAGGAACGGUUGCUUGCCAUGUUGGAGCAGAAGAAUGGUGAAAUAAAACAUCUUUUAGGUGAAAUUAGAAAUCUGGAGAAAUUUAAGAAUUUAUAUGACAGUAUGGAAUCUAAGCCUUCAGUCGACUCUGGUACUCUGGAAGAUAACACCUAUUAUACAGAUUUACUUCAGAUGAAGCUGGAUAACUUAAACAAAGAAAUUGAAAGCACUAAAGGUGAAUUGUCCAUACAGCGAAUGAAAGCAUUAUUUGAGAGCCAGCGGGCUCUAGAUAUUGAGCGAAAACUUUUUGCAAAUGAAAGAUGCCUCCAGCUUUCAGAAAGUGAAAAUAUGAAACUGAGAGCUAAACUAGAUGAAUUGAAACUAAAAUAUGAACCUGAAGAGACAGUUGAAGUGCCUGUACUGAAAAAGAGGCGUGAGGUGCUCCCUGUGGAUAUAACCACCGCUAAAGAUGCAUGUGUCAACAACAGUGCUGUCGGGGCAGAAGUUUAUCGAUUACCGCCUCAGAAAGAGGAGACACAGUCCUGUCCUAACAGUUUAGAAGAUAACAACUUGCAAUUAGAAAAAUCAGUUUCUAUACACACACCAGUAGUCAGUCUCUCUCCUCACAAAAAUCUGCCUGUGGAUAUGCAGCUGAAGAAGGAAAAGAAAUGUGUGAAACUCAUAGGAGUUCCCGCUGACGCUGAGGCCUUAAGUGAAAGAAGUGGAAACACCCCUAACUCUCCCAGGUUAGCUGCUGAAUCAAAGCUUCAAACAGAAGUUAAAGAAGGAAAAGAAACUGCAAGCAAAUUGGAAAAAGAAACUUGUAAGAAAUCACACCCUAUUCUAUAUGUGUCUUCUAAAUCUACUCCAGAGACCCAGUGCCCUCAACAGUAAAGACUUUUCUUUAAUAAGAGUACGGUACCACUUGCCUCAAAAGUUACUAUGGUGCUUAAGAUUGUCUUUAUCUGACGUAUAUCACCUUCUGGGUUAUUUACUCAUUGUGCCAGGACCUGGCAUUUUCACGUGCCUUUGACCAAGUGUUCAGAAUUUGCUUGACUCUAACCUGGAGAGCUUCUUAAGUGAUGCCCCUUCAUGGAGCUUCUAUCACAGUGAAUAAACUAUUAAUUGAAGGAAAAUGUUAUAAUUAAUGUAUCUAUUUGCUGCAUUGUAUAUGGAUUAAAUGAUAAAAAACAAGUAAUCUACCCUCAGAGCUGUGUAUUUGAGAAUGCUUCAAUCAUAUUUUCCUGUGUACUUUUUUUUAUAAACUUAGUUUUAGACUAUGUUGUAAAAAUGGGAAGGUUGUAAACUAUGUUGUAAAAAUAGGAAAUGUGGCUAAAAAUAUAUACAUUAUAUUGUUUCAGGAUUUUGUCAGUGUUUAAAGAACCAAUGUUCAUCUUUGUAUUUAUAUACAUGAUUUAAAUUUUGUCUAAAAUUUUAAAUAAAACUGCAGUGAUUUAUCCUUAAA